AUGGGGCUGGAGUUAAGGCAGAGCUUCAGCAGGCGCUCUAACCUCACCAUCCACUGCCGCAUCCACACCGGUGAGAGGUCGUACAGCUGGGACUGCGGCAAGAGCUUCACUCUGACGUGCAACCUCAUCCUGCACCGCAGUGUACACAGCACUGAGGCGGCCUUCACCUGUAGGGACUGCGGCAAGAGCUUCAAACACAGUUCAAUCAUCACCAUCCACCAUCGCAUCCAUACCAGAGGGUUGUUCCCCUGUGCUGAUGGUGACAAACAGUACAGCUGUGCCGACUACGGCAAGAGCUUCAUUCAGACCUCUGCCCUCUGCCAGCACCACAGCACUGAGAAGGCCUUCACCUGCAGGGACUACGGCAAGAGCUUCAGUCGGAACUCCAUGCUCACCAUCCACCGCCGCAUCCACACUGGAGAGAAGCGGCCCUGCAGUGCAUACAGCACUGAGAAGUCCUUCAGUUGCAGGGACUAUGGCAAAAGCUUCAAACACAGUUCUAGCCUCACCAUCGACUGCCACAUCCACACUGGAGAGGAGCUGUUUCCCUGUGCUGAGUGCUGUAAGAGCUUCACCAACAGCUACAAACUCAUCCAGCAUCAGAUCAUCCACAAUGAUGACAACCCGUACAGCUGUGCCUACUGUGGCAAGAACUUCACUGACAACUUCCACCUUACCCAGCACUGUCGUGUGCACACCAGAGAGAAGUCUUUUACCUGUGCUGACUGUGGAAUGGGGCUGGAGCUGUGUGUCCAGUUCAGAGAAGUCAAAGUGAGGUUGUCAGAAGAGUCUUGA